CACGCCCGAGGAGCACCGUGGCCUCAAGGUGCUCGGCACGCCCCUGGGUACCGCAGCGUUCGCGGCCUGGCAGACGCAGGAGAGGACGGACGAGGAGCGCAGCUUCCAACGAGAACUUCCAUAUUCGCCAUACCUUCAGUGCGUGCGCGGCGCCGAGGUGCAACCACGUCCUGCGCACGCUGCCCCCGUCGCUGUCGCGGCCCUACGCCGAGGCCCACGGCCGCGGGAGGCGCUCCACGGCCUCCUAGACCUCGACCCCGGGCCAGCUGACGCAGAGAGGCUCUUCCGAGUGAGCUCGCUGCCGCUUGGCCUGGGGGGCCUCGGACCCAGGUCUGCCGUGCGUACGGCCGAGUGCGCGUACUGGGCGUCCUGGGCGGACGCGCUCCCCAUGUUGCGACAAAGAAACCCCGCAGCAGCAACGAAGCUCACUGCCGCCCUCCGCGCCGGGACUGGCGCCGCAGCCGCGUGCCUCCAGGAGGCAGAGUUCGCGAGGGCUGCCGCCGCCCGCGACGGCUUUGCGACGUGCCCAACUAGGCAGGAGGAGCCAGGUGAGUGGAAGCAUGGGUGGCAGCACCACGCAUCAGCAGCACGAGAGCAGCGCUACAGAGAGGAAGUCGUGCUCACAGGCCUUGCGGACGACCAGCAGUGGAUGCUCGACUCGCAGGGGGGCCGCUGGGGCGGACGGCACCUGACCCUGAUCCCCUCGACGCCGGAGAGAACGCACACGCCAGAGCGUUUCCGGGCGCUGCUCCAGAAAGACGGCUUCGCCCACUUGGGCGAGCGAGGCGACCACAGAGCAGCGUACCCCCGCAGCGGACGAUUGCUCAAGCGCGGCGCUCCCAUCGAGCGGGUGUGGGCCCGGGUGCGCCGGGAGGCAGGAGGCCGUGUCCGCACCAACGUGUUCCUGCGCGACGGGAACCUCCCAGGCAUUGCUGCCCGCGACGGGCGCCGCAUCGAGGUGGUGGUCAACGGCCUCCCUGCCUACCCUGGCUGGCAGCUCGCCAUCGACGCCUGCAUCGUCUCCCCGCUGAGGACCACCGACAGGCCGAUUGCGCAGAGGCUCUGCCCUGGACUCGCGCUGAAACAGGCAAGGCGCCGCAAGCAGACUACUUACCCUGAGCUGGUGGUCUCGCGGCGGGGCUACCUGCUCGUAGCCGGAGCAGAGACGGGCGGACGCUGGGACGAGGCGUCCAAGCUCCUCGUUACCCUGGCCCGAGCCCGGGCGAGGAGCGCGCCGGAGGCGCUCCGAGAGUCGCUCGCGACCGCGCUGCUUCACAGGUGGAGUGGCAUGGUGGCGUACGCCAUCCACGACGCCCUUGCAGCGAGCCUGCUCGAAGACGUGCCCUCUGAGACGCUUGCGACAGACGGGGAAAAUCCCUGGCGAGGGGACGUUCUGUCGGCGCUCCCCUGA